AUGGUCAACAAACAAUAUACCAUCCAAAAAGGUGGCAAAGAACCGAAAAAAUAUUCGCCACCGCCUUCCCUCCGUUCCGCCCUGAACAUUCCGCUGGUCUCAUCGCAGCCGAAUCCCAUGCAAGUUGCGACAAAUAUCAGUCUCGAUCCGGCGCAAGAACAAACGGAUAAAAGCGCGUCAACCGUUUACGGCAGAAAUAUCACGUACUACAACGACGUCGACAACGAGCAGCAACAUUUGACGGUGAAGGACUUGACACUCAGCGAUAUCGGGCGUUUUCAGUACAACAACUUGCCCGUGAUGGAGGAAAAACCAACGGGCACACAUCCUGAUUCGUUGUACCGGAUUCCGACACGAACAUCGGCAGCAAGUUCGCCAACAGCAUCUCCGUCGCCCUCCAUAAACAGCACGCAUCGUCAUCACCAAACAUUUUGGAAAGCCGGUUCGCAAGUGCCUAUUACGUCGUCGUCGUCAGCAUUUUCGCGCAGCAAACGCACAAAUUUGUACAGAUUCUUGAAGAUUUUUUGGCGAUACGCAAAAUGGCCGAUGGGUUUGUUGUUGCUCUGCGGAUUAUUAGGUGUAGUAGUUUAUUUUAUUGUUAUAGCAACACAACCAUCAGUGAAUAAUAGCAUGUUAAGUAGUGACGGUAGAUUAGCGGUAGACAAUGAGUUAUCCAUAGAUUUUGAUAGUUUUAAUGAUCACAAUGACAUCGAUGAACGAGUUUCGACACACUUACCGCCCGUCAUUAACGGACAUGCUGGGCAACAACAUCAGAACAUUGCCAAUGUCGAAUACACGAGCAGCAACAACAAAAGUCGCCUUAUCAAGACAAACGUUACCAACAAAGAAACCAACGACGUGCUUGAAAUCCUAAAAGAACCGAUAAUCACUUCGAACAUCGAAAACAAUGACGUUGUCGCGAUUUUUAUCAAGAAACAACCACACACGGUCGAGCAAACGACAACUUCAGCAGCUGAAACGCCCGCAAUUGUCACGCAAGUUGACGAAAGUAGCACAAAAUCUAAUUUGUUUGAGACGUUGAAGACCACAUUGAACUCGCCUCUGUUCACGAGCGGCAUCAUUACGGAGGAAAAAACGUUGAAACCUCACACAACGAAGAUGAAAAAAGUGCAUUCGCUAAAUGUAGCACCAGUUGACUCGACAGUUAAGAGUGUUGGAUUCACUUCGGGCCAUCAAGCGAACUUUGGAGUGCCAAUCGAAGAGGACGAACGUAUCUUGAAGAUGUUGGAAGAGUAUCAAAAAGCGAAAGGAAAUAAGGAAACUUCAUUCGCUACCACAACAAGCAAUUAUCGCACUCGCGUCUCACCUACUUUGCCAAUAAUUAAUCGAUAUGAAACCACAACGCAAGGUCUUCGUUUCCUGAAUGCGACAGACGAUGGUGUUUGUCAAUCGACGUCGCUCUCAUUGUGUCGCGGAAUUUUACAUUAUGACUUAACCGCAAAUAAUAAACCUUUGACCGCUACUGAAUACCAACAUUUCCAAUACUUGAUCGAAUCAAAGUGUUCGGUGCGUGUUGCUGAGUUCGUGUGUGCUGUUUUGGAGCCGGAAUGUCGUCCAAAGAGAAUGGGUACCUUGAAACCAUGCAAGAGAAUUUGUAAAGCUGUUCUUGAGCCAUGCGCACACAUCAUCGCAAGUUCCGAAAUCUUAACUGCCACUUUUGACUGCGAUCAGUAUCCAGACUCGAAUGAUCGGAACGAGUGCGAAGAUCCAUCUCGUCGUGGAAAAUGUUACGCCAACGAAUUUAAAUGUCUUGAUCAGACUUGUAUUCCAUACCAAUGGAAAUGCGAUAACAUCAAAGAUUGUGCCACUGGAGAAGACGAAGACGACUGCAAAUUCUGCGAACGUGACCAAUUCCGUUGUCUCUCGAAUGACAAAUGCAUUCCCGAUAAAUGGCGAUGCGAUCAAUACGACGAUUGCCCCGAUGCCAGUGACGAAUUGGAUUGUUUCAGUGAAGAAGAUACCGCAGAUUAUCCCGUCAACUUUGGCAAUGGUCGCGUUUAUCCCUUUGCGCAAGAACAAGCGUUUUCCAGUCCUCACAAUCGCCCUUAUUUGACAAUAACGCAAGAUGAUCGUCUCAAUUCAGCUGAAAAUAAAAAAGAAGCAAUUGCUGCGGAUGGUGACAAAUAUAUCCCAACAGCUGCGGAAAAUGUUCAUGUCGUGAAGAAGGCAAAUGAUGACUACAGCACGGAAGAUUUGGAAAUUCAAAGUCGUGCGGCAUCGGGACGUGCAGUUACUCCGCCGCCCAAUAAGAAUCUGAAAAACUUUUCAGACAGCCACGAAAUUAUGAUGACCAGCGACUCGGAAAUUGACAUGAAAUAUUCGAGCACAGCACGCAGCAUUGACACACUUACAACCAGCAGAAGUCAAUGUCCCGAAGGUCAAUUGCGGUGUGUCAGCGGGAAAUGCAUCACAGUGCAACAAAUUUGUGACAAAGUCGCUGAUUGCCCGGAUGGCGCUGACGAAUCCAUGUGCGUUUACAAAAAUUAAAUCCCUUGAAAAUCAAAA